AUGAGAAAGUUAAAUGAAAUGAUAAAAAAAAUUAUUAGAGAUCUUGAUUAAUUUGGAGUUGUAUUUAAACCUAGUAUAACAAAAGAUAGUGAAUAUAAAACUGUUUUAGGUGGAAUAUUAUCUAUAUUUCUUUAUGGAGUAAGUUUGGGAUAUUUCAUUUACUAAUUUGUUAUUUGGAAAUAGGGUGGAAUACUACCAAAAAUCACAGUGUCAAGUGAUGUAAUAGAAAAUUAAUAAAUCUACUUUGAAGAACCUUUAUUUUCAAUAUAAAUGAGAAAGAUGAAUUUAACUAGAAUAGAUCCAUUUAAUCCAGAGAAUAUAAUAAUGCUUCCAUUAAUAUUUUAAUAUGUAAAUGGAUAAUUAAAUGCUACUCCAAAAAUUCCUGAAAUAAGCAUCAAAAAUGAAGAGGAAUUUGUAAAAAUAUAUUUUGAAAACAUUUCAUUAGCAAUAAGCAAUGAUAAAACAGUUGAAUAGCCAGAAUUAGAAUAUAUGAUUAUAUUGAUAGAUUGUGUUCCAUAAUUAUUAGUGAAUAAUACAUAAUUAAAAUGUGCGAAUACGACAACAAGGAGUAACUUUUUCAAUUAAUCAGUAAAUACAAUGUUAUUCACAACUUAUGUGAAAUAAUUUAAUGCACAAUAAGAAAAGAUUAAUAAAUUUGGAUCUGAAGUAAUAGUGGCUUUAGACCCAAGUUCUGUUUAUUUUUCAACAAGUACAUUGAAAUUGUAAGAAACUAUUAUAGAUAAUGGAUUACUAUUUGAGAAUAUUUAUUAAAGAGAUUUUAUUUUAGAUAUUUCAACUGUUGGUUAGUAAGUGAAUAGUAAGUUUUUUUCUAGUGUAAUAAAUGCAACUACUUACUUUAUCAAUAAUUAUUAAUUGAAUGGUAUUAAAUCAAUUUAAUAUAUUUAAUAUCCUAAAAUAAAUGAAGUAUUAGCUGAUACAGGAUCAAUAGUUUCAAUUUUGCUUUUGACUUCAGCAUUAGUAAUAAUGAGUAAUUAAUAUUUUUUGGAGAGUGAAGCUAUAUUCUAAGUAAUUAAUAUGUUUUAUCCAAAUCUUAAAUAUUUAAAAUAUAGAAAGAAUUGGUAUGGUAAGGUUAUCAGAAUAGAGUUUUUGGGUAGGAAUUUGAAUAUUGAUAAGUUUAAUCUUGAAUAUGGUAAACUGAAAGAAAUAGCUAAAGUGAAAUUAACGAUAACAAAUCAAAUUUAUGAAAUCUCAAGGAUUUAGUUUAUAUUAUAAUCAAUGAUAAAUAGAUCAAAUUUAAGUUUUUGUCAUUAGAUUGGGAUAAAAGAGAUUAAUUUAAUUGAGAAAAUAAAAGAAGAUAAUGAAAUGGAUAAUUAAGAGGGCGAGAUUUCUAAAGAUUCUAGAGUGGUAUAUAGAUGGUGAAAUAUUAUAGAUUCCCUAGAAUGAUAGCAAAAUUGAAAUGACUUAAUCAUAUUUGUAAUCAGGAAAGGAAAGAAUUGUUUAAAAUAAAUAAAAGAAUGUAAUACUACAUAAAGAAAAUCAUAAAAUUGAAUUAUAUUAAUAAUAAUUCAAAUUGGAACUCUAAUAGAAUGCCUAGGAAUUGAUUGAUUAAGAUUUUGAAUUGUUAAUUUGUAAUAGAGAUAGAAUUGAUAGUUUAUAGAUGCCUUAGUUCUUUGAAAUCAAUAAAAUAAUAUGA